GUUGGCUUAGUGGAGACAGCCAAUGAAGUAGACCCAUACAAGAUUCUUGGAGUGACCAAAAGUGCAAGCCAAACUGAAAUCAAAAAAGUGUACAAGCGCCUAGCUAGGGAAUGGUAAGAACAUUACUUACCCUUUCUGUUCUGGGUGUCAGGACUCAGUGGAUAUAUUUAGCACUAGACUAUUGACUGUUUACAAAAAUGAAUGGCCCAUUGAUGCAUUGUCUUUCCUUUAUUUCUGUAAGGCAUCCUGAUAAAAACAAAAAUGAAGGCGCUGAAGAUAUGUUCAUCAAGAUUACCAAAUCUUAUGAGGUAAGAGUGUAUCCAAUAUUCGCCAGCAUAAAAACUUCAGCAUCCUAUUGUUACUUUCUUUUUACUUUAGUUUAUUUAGUAAAUAUGUUCUUAACUCUUAUUUUUCUUAACUGUAUUGUUGGUUAAAGGCUUGUAAAUAAGCAUUUCACAGUAAGGUCUACACCUGUUGUAUUCGGCGCAUGUGACAAAUGAAAUUUGAUUUGAAAUGCAUUAUUCAGAAGGGAAUGCUCCACCCUCUGGUAACAAUAUCCAUGUGCUUUCUACCCAAACUUUUAAGAUCUUAUCCAACGAGGAGAAAAGGGCCAACUAUGACCGGUAUGGACAGACUGAUGACACCCAGCCGUAUGGUCAUGGUCACUACGGUCAUGGUCACGACCAAUUCUACUUUGACGAGUCCUUCUUCCACUUCCCCUUCAGCAACAAGGGCAGCCAGGAGUUUGCUGACAGCAAGUACGCUCUGCACUUCAACCAGUAUGUGAAUGACGUGGUGCCUGACAGCUUCAAGAGACCGUACCUGAUCAAAAUCACCUCUGACUGGUGCUUCAGCUGCAUCCACAUUGAGCCGGUCUGGAAAGAGGUUGUGCUGGAGCUGGAGGCCUUGGGUAGGAAAUGAUGAAAUGCAUUACACAAAUGAAAGUUAGUCAACAACUUCACCGUCCACAUGACAUAAUAUUACGUUCUAGUAAUUUAGCAGACGCUCUUAUCCAGAGCGACAAAAUAACCAUAGUGAGUCUUUGUAUGGCUGAUUAUGUGUACAACUGGUGUGUUAGGUGUGGGGAUUGGUGUGGUGGACGUUGGUUAUGAGAGACGUCUGGCAAAUCACCUCGGAGCUCACCGCACCCCGUCCAUACUCGGGGUCAUCAACGGGAAAGUGACCUUCUUCCACUACGCUGUGGUGAAGGAGCACCUGAGGCAGUUUGUGGAGGACCUGCUCCCUCAGAGACUGGUUGAGAAGGUAAACAACACAACAGCAACAACAUGAUUUGGCACAUUCAUUUUUUGUCUCUUUUUCUGACUCACCAUUGUUGGCAUCUCAGCAUUUUUUUUUUUUUUGUGUGUUUCAGGUUACAGACAGGAACGACCUUCAAUUCCUGAACAGCUGGCAUGAGCAGAACAAGCCGCACGUGCUUCUGUUUGACCAAGUGCCUGUAGUCCCGCUCUUGUACAAGGUAAGCCAUUGUCUAGACUAGUCAGUCUGGCAUCAGUUUAAACCAGCACUGAGAGAGCUGGUCUGACUAACACUUAUUUACUUCCUCCUGGAGCAUAGGUAAUCCACAACUGCUUUCUAAUACUUGCUUACUGUUUUUUUUCUCAUCUUCCGUAGCUGACUGCGUUCACCUAUAAGGAUUAUGUUCAGUUUGGGUACGUGGACCAGGGUCUCUCAGAGACUGCCAACCUACUGAAACAGUUCAACAUUAACACCUACGCCCCCACCAUGCUGGUCUUUAAGGAGAGUACAGACAAGCCUGCAGACAUUAUACAGGUAGGUACUAGACAGUUAACUAGACUUGACUACUAUUCCACCAGACAGUUUGAUUGAAUAGUUAAAUAGCAUUUGAAUACCCAAGUAGUAUCUGGGGUGUCUGUAUUACUGAUGUAUUAUCGAUUAUAUUUAGAGAUGCUAUUUUUGUUUAGGUGACAACUGUUAAUUGAGCCGAUUAGAUACACGGCAUUUCAUUAAUAUCUCCAUGUGGUUGUUCUCCUCUUCUAGGCUAAAGGGAUGAAAAAACAAAUAAUUGAUGAAUUCAUAUUGAACAACAAGUUUCUCCUCGUCCCUCGACUGGUGAACCAGAAACUGUUUGAUGAGCUUUGUCCUGUGAAGCAGUUCCACCGACGCAGGAAGUAAGAUACUGAAGCCUUUUGUUUCCUUUUGUGAACAUACAAUUUAUUUGUGAACAUACCAUUUCUGAACAGCCAGGUGAUAUGAUUGAUUAUUUUAAAAUUAUUUUACUUCUAUAAUUGAGGUAUACACAUUUGCGUGUCACUGUAGAAAAUUCUGGACACUCUAAAGGUUUUAGUGCUGGAGUACGAACGCUAAUGUCCCCAAACAUCUGUCUUCCAGGUACUGUGUCCUGCUUAUCACUGGUGAUGAGGAGUCCCAUACUAUAGGAAACCAGGCCUUCCUCUCAUUUGCCUCAACCAACACUAAGGAGGUGGUGAGAUUUGCCUAUGUCUACCAAAGACUGCAACAACCACUUUGUGAUACUCUGCUGAAGACCAAGGACAGUACACCACCACCACAGGUACAAUUGGAUAAAAGCGUCAGCUAAAUGGCAUAUUAUUAUUAUUAUUAUUAUUAAUUAUGCCAUGUUAAUUAUUAACUUUGUUAAUGUGCUCUCCUUGGAUGUUUUGGAGAGCUUCUGGUAGAAGUGUCUGUAUAAUGAGCUACAAACACCUCUCUGUAUUAUACUUUAUGAAAAUGUAAAAACACCUUUCCCCAAAACUAUAAGCUCAUGUGGAAGUGUGUGCCUGCAGGUGUUCAUCCUGGAGCGUCGUAACGCAGCAGGGAAGGUCCUGUACAAGGAGGUGGCGGGCGGUUGGAAUGGAACCGAUAAGAAUAAACAAGGUCUGUUGGAUGAGCUGGAGAGGCUGCAGAAAGACCCAUCCAUCCUCAACUACGACGCCAUGCUGCCGGAGCUCAACAAUGAGUUUGCCUCUGUGAGUUGUGUUCCUCACUACUGAAAAGUACUGUAUCUAAAAGAAGAGGGCUGCCCUACUUUAUCAUCUCUGAAGGACAAAGAUAAUGAUGUGGUAAUUAGUACUGUGUCCAGAAAUAAUAUACUUGUUGGAAUGUUAUUUUUGUAGGAUUCCAAACCUGCAAUGGUUUUUCAUUUUUAUGAUAGGUAAUACAGUAUAAUCAUGUAUGUUAAGUGUGUUGUUCACCAGUUAAUGACUAGGCAGUAAAUGUUGUUUUAAAUUCCAGAUGUUUCUCAUUCGAUGGAUCUAUACAGCUUAUGAUUACCUCACUGAAAUCAUUGAUGAUAUUCUUCACAAUAAUUGGUAAGUUAACAUCUAGAAUAGGAGUGAGGUAACAACAUACGGAGAUGUGGACAUAAUAAAUGGCUCAUGCCAAUUCAGCUGAUUUGUAAAAAUAAUGAUUGUUCUUCAGUUGUUUACUUGAUGUUGUAGUCAAUAACUGCUAAUAACAGUGUUAUAAUCAAGAUUAGUGUUAACACAGUUUGUCAUUAGCCGCCCUUGUAUUUAGAUAUGUCUGUAAUAUGUUUCUGCAGGCGUGAGAUGAUGCCCCUCCUGUCGUUGAUAUUCUCUGCCUUAUUCAUCCUGUUUGGAACUGUAGUGGUUCAGGCUUUCAGGUAAGAUGGAUAACCAGUGAUUCUGCGACUCAAACGUAUUACCUUGGGGGAAACUGCUUGUUCAGACUUAUCGUUCUGCUUUGUGUGAUUUCAGUGACUCUAGUGAAGACGGCAAAUCCAAACCGAAGGCAAAAGACGGAACUAAGGCAGAAAAUGGAUCACCGGGUAGCAGCAGCACCUCAAGGCAAGACAUUUUAACAUUUACAUUUACAUUUAAGUCAUUUAGCAGACGCUCUUAUCCAGAGCGACUUACAGUUAGUGAAUACAUAUUUUUUUAUGCUGGCCCCCCAUGGGAAUCGAACCCACAACCCUGGCGUUGCAAACGCCAUGCUCUAUCAACUGAGCUACAUCCCUGCCGGCCAUUCCCUCCCCUACCCUGGACAACGCUGGGCCAAUUGUGCGCCGCCCAUGAGUCUCCCGGUCGCGGCCGGCUGCGACAGAGCCUGGAUUCGAACCAGGAUCUCUAGUGGCACAGUUAGCACUGCGAUGCAGUGCCUUAGACCACUGCGCCACUCAGGAGUACAAGCUUCAGUGAAAAGAUUCAAGCGGUGACUUAAAUACUGUUUUGUUUUAACUAUCUGACAUAUUUGAGGGAUUAUAUUUAGCUUUUCAGUGAUGUCAAUGCAAUAAAUAAAAUUGAGUGGUUCUAUGCUUAUCAUGUUUUUAUCAUUUAUAGUCGCCCACCGAAGAAGAACUUUGUGGAGGUGACGGAGCUGACCGACAUCACCUACACCAGUAACCUGGUGAAGCUGAGACCAGGCCACAUGAACGUGGUGCUGGUGCUCACUGACGCCUCCAAGAACGUCCUGCUCAGCAAGUUCGCCAAAGAGGUCUACUCUUUCACCGGGUGAGUGCAUGAUCCCACAUGGUCUGGUGUUUGAGCUGCAAUGCACGUAGUAGUUAUAUCAUAUAACUGUAUAUAAAAUAACAUUUUACUAUAUGAUUAAGCAAUAAGGCCUGAGGGGAUGUGGAUAUGGCCAAUAUACCACGGCUAAAAGCCAUUGCGGAGCCUCAAGGCAUGCAGAGGCCAAAUUGAGCACCGUACCGCAUCGCCGUGCGCAUCCCAAAUGUUGUAACAAUGUGUAGGGCACCGUAUAGCUCCGUGUUGACAUGAUUGGUUGACGGUAGGUGGGGGCGGGAGGUCCUGUAUAAACACAAACUCACUUCCUUGACAACUGCCUUCACAAGAGCUCUGUGAAGCGCAAGAAGUAUGAAUGCCCUGACUUGUGCAGAGGCAGUAUCGCAGUAACCAACAUAUCAUAUCCUUUGUUUUUGCCCCUAGGAGCCUGACGCUCCACUUUUCCUUCUUGAACGUGGACAAGCACAGUGCAUGGAUGGAGACGCUGCUGGAGUUCGCCCAGGAUGCCAUGCAGAUAGACGCCGACGAGGACGAUGGCGCCCGCCACAAGAUAGACUACACGGGCUACGUCCUGGCGCUCAACGGCCAUAAGAAGUAUCUCUGCCUCUUCAGGCCUGUCUACACCGGGGAGGAAGGGGGGUCCUCCGAGGAGGAAGGACCCAGGGGUGCCACUGGGGGAGGGAGAAAGUCUAGGUCUGGGUCCAGAGAGGACAACCCACCACGCAGGUCUACACCCAGGUCCCGCUCCACUGCCACACUGCAGAUCCACCACAAACUGGACCGCCUGGGGCUGUGGAUGGAGAGGCUGAUAGAGGGAACCCUUCCCAGGUACUACAUCCCUGGCUGGCCUGGCCUGGACAAGAUCACCGCCCCCAAAUAG